AUGAAGAUACAAACAUUUUCACCGAUUAUUUUUAUGGUAUAUGUUGCGGGUAAAUAUGAAAAUUUUUCAACAACAACACCAAAACUUUCAUUAAUUAGUAGAUUAAUAGAAUUAAAGGAACACUUUAGAAAAUCAUCAUCAUCAAAAAAAACUCUCGCCAGCGAUAAGAGUAAUAAAGAUUUAACGAAAGAAAAAAUAAAUCCAUACAUGGUAGAAUCACCAUAUUUGGACACGUUUCAAAGACCACAAAAAUUGGAAUCGGAUUUUUCACCAUUCACCAAGAAAUUAUUAUUAAAAUUAGCAUCAAUAUUUGGAUAUGAUUCAAUACCAAUACAUGCUAUGAGAGUAACAAGAGAAUUAUAUCAAAUGUGUGCAAAACAAAUGGAUGAUAAUCGAGAAUUUUAUAUUGAAAAAUGUGAUUUACCUGAUAGUUUUCAAACUUGGUUCCAGAUCACUUUACUUCAUGUUUGGAUAUUGAUGGUUAGAUGUAGAUCAGAAGUUGGAGGAAGAGUCUACAUUCAACAAUUAGUAAAUCAUUUUUUUGAUGAUUCCGAUUGGAGAAUAAGAAAUAUACAUGAUUUAUUAUCACAAUUUAAAGGCGCGAUUAUGUCAUAUGAUGAAGGAAUGUGUAAAGAUGAUCCUGUAUUGGCAGCGGCUUUAUGGAGAAAUAUUUUGGUAACAGAAGGAACAGCAGAGAAUAUUGCAUAUUUGGUUGAAUAUGUCAGAUUAGAACUACAAAAAUUAGAUAAAUAUGACUUUGAAGAAAUUUUACAGGGUCAUACUCAUAUUACACCUCAAGAAAUUACUCGUGAAUAUUUUGUUCAAAAAAUAAUAGCAAAUAUGAAAGAAAACUUAUGA